AUGUUUAUUGCGUUUGGGUACAUCUUGGCUGCGAGUGCGUCGGACGCGAUAGUGGUCGAGUACGCCCAGCAAGAACCUGUUGCCAUCCCUUGCCGCAUCCAGAAUCCAGACCGCAAUCUACGUCAUGCGCUCGCUCGCAGCAUCUCGACAAAAACCACCAACCCCAACGACGCCAAUUUGCACGCGUACACGAAAUUCUACACUUACGUGACAUCAUCCCCGCACGCCAGGGCGUACGUGGCGCUGGCACUUCCACCGCCACAAACGUGGCCAGCGGGGACGUUGUCGGCCAGCGCCAUGCCUUUAUAG